GCCGCGCUGGCACUCUGGCACAUGUCCAUUACGAGAGCUCCUCUUGCAGCAUUUUUAUGUAACGUAUCCCCUCGCCCCAUGAAAAAUAUUGAUCUCGUCCAGCCGCGCCUGCGCCAGCGCCAGCCCCAGCCCCAGCGCCAGCAGCGGGCGGGCUUGCAAACCCCGGGGGGGAGCGCUUUUCUUCCUCGGGGGGUGGGGGAAAGUCGGCUGGAGCACGACUCCCGAUCGCCGGUGGCCGGUUGCCGGUGGCGAGAGGGCAGCGAAUGCCGGUGGACGGAGGAGAGAGGACUCUCGACAAGACAACCCGGUGACGCCUCUCGGCCAGCUGGCAGAAUGUGUCAGCGGCCAGCGCAGCACGGCGCGUGUGCUGGGCUCGGGAGGGAGAGGGAGCGAGGAAUCUUGGAUGUGCGGGAGGGAGGCCAGCGGGACCGGAAGGCAGUCGACCCUCUAUAACUGCAAGCCCCUACAAGAGUUAAAAUGUGAUCAUGCCCCGGAGUUAACCCAAUGAUUCACGACUACGCCGCUCCUCGUAGCCCGAAUUAUUGCACAGAUAUGCGUAACCGGUCGACCCGGGCCACCGUUUUGACCGCACCGCGGACAUGUCGAGGGCUCAACAUCGCAUGAAAUUCGAAGGUUAGGGUACGCCAUUAUAGUGGCAGUACCAGGCUACGGAGUGGGGCUGGGGCUCUCGGUCCUAAGAGGGGGCAUGGCGAUUUGUACGAGUAUUAUUUUAGGGGGGGUGGGGGUGUGCACUUAUGGAGGGGGCACUUAUGCAGGGCCGACUGCGGGGGAAGUAGCUGUUGAUGAGCCGAGGUGGCAAGCCAGCGAGCGAGGUGGAAGGGGGAAAUUAGACGGAACCGACAGGUGUGGCAGACAGGCUGCAGCGUGGUGAUUGAAAACGAACUAAAAUAGCUGUUGGCGACUGACCGACUAAGCGAUGGCACGGCGUGGGGGGCACUGGAUGAGACCGGGGGGUGAGGAGGGGUAAAUAUUUGGCAAAUAUCCGCUGGACCCGGGGGCCGGGGGAGCGGACCGUUGACGGAACAGUCCCGCGACGGGGCCCGGGCCCGGGAAAGGUAGCGGAGCCGAACGGAAAGUGAGGGAGGUCCGAGGCUUGGUAAAGCGACCGGAUGGUGCGAGCACAUGAUGCGCGCAGGGGCUCUUGCCACGCGGCGCCCCUCCAGUGGCCCUCAGUGCGCGCCAGGUGCGGCUAGCUUGGUCGAGACAUCAGUGCUGCUGAACACGCCAUUAACGCUACCAUUGCCCCCCCCUUCCCUUCCCUUCCCCCCCUUCCCCUUCCUUGGUUUCGGGCUUGCUUUUCCACCCGGCAGCAACAACUCUCUCUCCCCCCCUUCUCUCUCUCUCUCUCUCUCUUGUUGUUGGGCAAACAGAGGGCCUCUGUAGACCGGUCAGAGGGGGGCUGCUGCGCAGCAGUGCCGAGCAGAGCGAGAACUCUGAUGACCAGAUGGAUAGGCAGGCAGCAGCAUGGCUGGCUGGCUCGAUGGAUGGAUGGAUGGAUGGAAUGAUGGACUGGCGGAUGGGAAAAUGGUCAGAUGGGCAGCGAGCACGGGCGCAGCAAUUUCGAGCGAAAAGCGGGUCGAGUUGACGGGACAUGAUAGAGAGUUGACGAAGGGCCCGAAGCGAUGGAGUUCGCAGGUGGAUUAAAAAAAUUGGCGACGCCGAGUGAAAAAAACCUGGACGCCAGCGAGUGAGUCAGGGGGAGAUGGUUCGCUCUUGCAAUGUUUGUUUGUUUGUUUGUGGCAUGGGAGAUGGGAGAGGGGCGACUGUGGUGUCUUCAGUUGUCUUGAACCUCGUCCCUUCCACUGCGUGCCUGCCUGCGAGCGAGAGAGCAGAGUCCUGUAUGGCUGCAGCAUUGGCGCACGCUCAGGCCAUGCCAAAUGCCAAAGCAUAGAGGCAGGGAGGGAGGGAGCGAUCGGUUAAUGGCGCUCGCAUUUGCUUGUAAUUGCUGCUCCACCACCACGGGGUAGCUGGGCUGGGUGGCCGACACCCUCACUGCCCCGCAUGACGCGCCCAUGACGUGCGCAGUAUGGCCUGUCAACGAGGGGCUCGCUCUCCCCACAUCGCCCCCCGGGGGCAACCCUGCCCCCGGGCUACUCAACCCCCUCCCUCCCCCCGACGUGGACGACGAUUCUUUUACCUCCCAUCCAUCGCUCAUUCACCUCUCCCCCCAUUCCCCUCCCUUCCCCAUUCUCGGCUAGCCCUUCAUUAACUCAUCUCGACUUUCUUUCAUUGCGCCACUCGCUCUCCCGUCCUCCCUUCCACCGGAUCCAGCCCCAGCCCCAGCCCCAAGCCAAGCCCCAGUCCCAGUCCCAGUCCCAGGCCCGUC